CACUCGCACGCACACACGCACACACACACACACACACACACAGGCGCACAGGACAGUCCACAGUACCUCUCGCGCUCUCUGUCUGCAUGGAUGUUGUGUUGGGCACUCUGGAGGAUGCUGCUGAUUUAAACACCUGAUCCUGCCUCCUCUGAUCUGGAUUACAGAUGCUGAUCACUGUAUUUGCCUGUGCUGAAGCUCUGUGAAUGGUUUAUCAACAGGGGAGUGAUUGACUGAGGGAAGUUCCCCCAGCUUUCCUAGAGACUGAGCAGGGAUUUCUCUGAGAAGAUGAGCGCAAUGUGGAGCACCGGUAGAACGACUGCUCCCCCUGAAUUCAGCUAGAAAGUGUGGCUUGCUCCCUCGCCCAUACACAUGACGGGAAGAUGACCAUCACAAGUCGACAGUCCUUCAACGUUCUGACAGUCAUUUUCCUUCUGCUGUCGACAGCAGCUCUCUCCGCUCAUUUCAGAGUCUGUGAGCCCUACACAGACCACAAAGGACGCUAUCAUUUUGGCUUCCACUGCCCACGCCUCUCUGACAACAAAACCUACAUCUUCUGCUGUCACCAUAACAACACAGCCUUCAAGUACUGCUGCAACGAGACGGAGUUCCAGAACAUCAUGCAGAUCAACCUAACAGGGACCAGUGACGGCUACGGGCACAAUAACUACAGUGCCCUGGUUGGAGUGUGGAUCUACGGCUUUUUCAUCAUGGUGUUGCUUGCCUUGGACUUUCUGUACUACUCUGCCAUGAACUAUGAACUGUGCAGGUACUACUUAGUGAAGUGGGGGUUCGGGGGCCGGUGGCUGAAGCAGGGGCAGAGCCAGUGGAGCAGCCUGGUCCAGGGGUCCAGCCAGCCCCCCUCACAGCCCCCCCAAGCCUCCCAGGUGAGACACAGCCUGAAGCCAGAAGCACAGAGCCCCACCCUCAUGUCCUUCCAGAGUUCCACAGCCUGAAAGACGAAGCACAGCGAUGAAAAUGGACAACAAAAGCAGUUCUAGGAUGCCUGUGUGUCGAGUGGAAAGCAGUGUAGGAGGUUAGAAGAAACUACAGCUUGUAGAUGCCAGUGGAGACGUCCACUGGACUACUGUGACGACAGCGUCGCGAGUGUAACCUGUAAUCAGUGUGAAUGUGGUGUGUAAGCAGUAGAGUUUGUGUAGAUGACAUGCCUUUGCGCUGUUUCCAUCGUGUGGUCUUAUUGAAGCUGUGCCCCAUCUCAGACAAGACAAGCAGCGUUAGAGUGUAGAGGCUGCAAACGCCUGUUCUGUGGGUAUUUAUAGAAGAAGCUACUUCUGCAAUCAGGCCAUGAAACAUAAACUCUGUCACACAUCCAUUUAGUUUAAUUUGUAUUUAUUUAUAGAUUAAUGUGAACUGUAUUUAUUUAUAGAUUAAUGUGAGCAGUAUUUAUCCAUGACAUACUUUUUUAGUCAAAUCCUACACCAUUUGAAUGAUUUGAAAAUUGGAGUUGGGUAGAUAUAGGUCACUAUACCCAGACUCCUGAUUAAACAUGACAUUAUUUACCCAGGGUUGUUAAAGAAGAACACUAACAGCCAGCAUUACCAAAGCAGACAAUCAAGAAGAGCCGUGCUUCGUAUUCCCAUGCAUUCGCAAACAUAAAGUCCUUUAGAGAAAGUCUUCAGACUCGGGUUUGAGGAAUGAUGUGAUUGGGUUUAGCCUUGCAGGAGUAGUUACCAUGUUAGAGCAGACACCAUUGUUAAUUAAACUGUUAUUGCAGUCAAUAUCAGACACCAUUGUUAAUUACACUGUUAUUGCAGUCAAUCAAGAAAUACAGCACCUGUGUUACUUUCCUGUUCUAUGGCGACUUUCAAUCCAAGAUGCAGUAACUAAGCAAGUAUUAUUAAUAUGAAUUUCAUAAUAUGUCCUUCAUAACACAGCAGCCUGACCUAUUCCUUAUGGCUGAUCAGCAAUUCUAUACACAAGGUAAGGGAAAAAUGUAACUUGCAGUCUGUACAGCAGUUGCUCUCAACUUUAGAUAUAUUCAGUGAGUUUUGCUUAUACAGCCUUCCUAUUUCAAGCGCUCCAACAUGCAAACUUUAUUUUACCAUUUAAAAAAAAAUGCAUCUGGGCACCAGGUGAACCCUGAGUGGAGCUGAAGGAGGUGUAAGUAACCUCCUGAAGGGAGAUGUUUGGGAUUGUUUGCUCAAUCAGUAAAUGUAAUGCUGCAGCCUCCUCUGCGCUGAGUUAGCAAGCUUAAUGCAACUUGAAAAAGCUCUGCUGUAAAGGGAGAUGCAAACUUCCUUGAUACUUGCAAAAGGUUAUUUUACAAAGAGAAAUUCAUUGUCUGAUUUUCUUGGUGUUACAAGCUCUACUCUGCCAGAGCAUGCUCCCUGGAGAGUCAGUGUAGCUCUGCAUCUCUGAGCAAGCUAGUGGUGUUUAAGAGGAAUGUGAUGGAUCAAACUGUUGUGUGCUCCCCCCUCUCCCCCGUUUGUAAAACUGUUAUUAGCGAUGAUACAGUGGUUAUACUGACAACAUGCAAAUAGAGAAGAACCAAUGGAGAAAGGGACCCAGUGAACUCUUUUACAUAUAGUAACAUAUAGUUCAUUUCCAAUGCAUAGCUCCAAUCCACAGAUCUCUUUACAAUCCUACCUUGCACAAGAUGUCACAUUUGUCCCUGCUUGUUAGGAGGAAAAAUUACUAAAUAAAGACUGGGGUGGUGCCUCAUACUGUAGUUGACAUAGAGUUAUUGUCUUUGUAUUCGAUUCUUGCACCAGAGGGUGUGGCGAUUGUACACCCAAGGGCAUAGCAAAGCAAAACAAGGUAUGAGGGAUGGCACAAGCCAUUUUCAGUGGGGUUGUCACUUGUCACGUGCUGUUGGUCAGGUUUGCAAAGAGUUCCACAUUUCGGACCGUGAUGUCCGAAUGCGAUUGUUUUUUAAUGAUAGAAUGAUCUGAGCUCAGUUACAGCCAGGUGAAAGGUACUGUACCCUGACUGGUCGAGACGCUUUCAGCAACA